AUGGCGCUGAACGAGAGCCUCGCCAGGUUCUGGCUGCUGCAGGAGAGGAACCAGGCGACGCUAUCCGCCAUAGCUGCAACCAGAACCUCUUCAUCGUCAUCCGCCAAGCCAUGCCAUCAGCAACCCGCCCCAACUUCACGGCCGGCGGCUAAACCGUCCACAUCCGCGCCUGCGCCUGCCGCCGUCGUCAGAUUCUCCGACGACACGGCGCGGCUACAGAAGAUCAACGAUGUGAGGAGGUCCACCGUCGGGCGACAGAUGAAAACCGUAAUCGACCUGCUCGACAAGACGAGGGAAGCUCUUACGGCGCAUCAGAUCAACGAACAGACCUACGUCGACAUCGACGGCAACAGGACCCUCGCCGAGAGCCUGAGGAACAACCCCAAGGUGCGCUUCGACGGGCAGCGCUUCUCGUACAAGCCCACGCACGACGUCGCGGGCAAAGCCGAGCUGCUUACGCUGAUCAAGAGCUUCCCCGACGGCCUCCCGGCUUCGGAGGUGAAGAAGGCCUAUCCGGCCGUGGAGGACGACCUGCGGGCUCUCGGAUCCUCGGGUGAUGUCUAUCUGCUGCCGGGCGAGGGAGGCAUCGUCGCGUACCCGAACGACCCGAGGUUGAGGACGAUGGAGGUGGACGCUGAGUUGAAGAAGCUGUUCCAUGAGGUCAAGCUGCCGCGGGAGAUGCUCGACAUCGAGAAGGAGCUCCGGAAGAGCGGCGAAGAGCCGGCGACCGACACGAUGAAGCGGCGCGCGGCGGAGCAGGUCCAUGGCGGGCAGCCGAAUCCCAAGAAGGCCAAGAAGAAGUCGCGCGGGAUCACCAGUAGGACCAAGCUCACCAACGUUCAUCUCCCGUGGCUCUUGGACCUGCCUGUGGACUCGAAAGAUUUCAUCUGA